AUGAACCGCUUCGCAGCCACGGAGGGCAUCGAGCCGCACGAUAGCUACUCCCGGACGGAGCCGUUCGCGGCCGGCGAGACGGCCAUCGGGCGGGACCUGCGGCUGCGGAUACGGGACUUUUAUCGGACCAGCGACAACCGCGACCUCGACGAGCGCUGGCUGGGCUUCUACACGCCCGGCGCGAGGGUCAAGAUCGGGCCGCAGGCGGCCGAGGGGCACGAGGACAUCCGGCGGCUGCGGACGGCGAUGUGGAGCCCCGUCUCGGCGAGGAAGCACUGGAUCACGAGGGCCGUCGGGUCGGCUACCAAGAAGGGGGUGCACGUCAUGCUGAAGGGGGGAGUACGGCGCAAGGGGCUGGACGGGGGCGAGGGCGUCUUCAGCUGGGCCGGCAGCGCGGAGUGGGUGAGGCAGGAUGACGGGGAGUGGCGGAUGGAUGCAUAUCGAGUCUGGCUCGACCCGUGGACCGCGAUCGAGGGCGAGCUGCCUACCGUGUCGCAGUUUUGA